AUGUCGUCUGGUGCCUCAAAUGCUUCAGAAACCUCUGUUGAACCUGUCGCCUCGACUCCCGUCACCUCAAAGGAUGUCUCCGGGACCUCAGUGACAUCAGCACCCUCAGAUGGUGCCUUCUCACUGACUUCGACCGCGUUGGUGUCAGUGACUUCCGUUGGUGUGACCUCAUCAACUUCCGUACCAGUUUCCGGUUUCUCCAUGACCUCAACGAUUCCAAGGAAUUGUGACCUCGGCGCCGGCGAGAGCGCCACGAACCUUAUCACUGAUUUUGCUGGCGAGAAAGUAAUACCGGCUCGCUCCUCAGUGGCCUCAGUUGGUUUUUCUUCAAUGAUUUCACUCACAUCGAGCAGUUUAUCACUAUCCUCAGUUAAUUCAUUAUCUCUAAGUUCAGUCCCAAGAACUGAUUCCUCUGGCACCCGGGAAGCCUCAGCUGGUUUCUCCUCAGUGGUUUCAGCCACAUCGGCUGGUGCCUCCGUGGUUUCAAAAGCGUCGGUUGGAAUAGUGACUUCGUCCGCCUUCUCCUCGCUCGGUUCAGUCACAUCGGCCACCUUCCCAUCCACCUCACUGGUCUCAGCGGACAGCUUCUCGCUGAGUACAGCCGAAUCGAAUGGUUCCUGAGUGGUCUCAGUAAGUGUUGUUGGUCUGUCAGCAGUGACUGCAGCUUCCUGAACUGCUUUGUGAAUGACCUCAGUUACCUCAACAGCGUCAGCUGGUUUCUCCUCACCCACGUCACUUACAUAACUCAGCUUGUCACGAACUU